AGAGCACAUUUUUCUCACGGGGUAAUAUGGAGAAUAGCGGGCACACCGGCAGUCCAGUUCUGUUCAAACUCCGGAAGAACCGACAAACGAAUGGAGAUGACUUCCAGAUGGAAAUUAAAGAGGAAGAUCGUCCAAGUUGGAGACAGAUGGAACAAAGUAAUAGACAUCUGGAUAAAUUAAAAGCAGAUGGCACAGAGCUGGUCACAAACGUUUUGGUUAAAUGUGAUGCCAGGCAGAUGAAGAGGAGAGUAGAACUAAGAGCGGCAAACAGGCUAAGAGUGGAGAAGCUAGAAAAUGAGGCUAAAUCCAGUACAGAGAAGUUUAAUGAGAUCAUGAGCAAGUGGUCUGAGGCCGAGACGAAGGUGAUCCACCAGGAGCUGAGAGAUGAUCUGAGAAAACAGCAACAGCUCUGUUGGCAAAUCAUUGAAGACAAGAACAGGCUCCUUAAUGAACUGCUGCAAGAACUUAAAGGAAGAGAUAAUCAUUUUGUAAAAGAGCGCAAAAAGGAGGCAGAAGAAGUGGAUCUCUUAAUUGAAAGGAUGCAGGAACAGAUCUCAAGUCUGAAGAAACACUAUAGAAAGGAGCUGGAAGCAGUUGAGUGCUCAUUCCAUGAUGAGCAGAAGGAUUUGCUCUCAGCCAGCACGAACAAAUGGGAACAGCAGAGGAAAGAACAAAAUGACAAAGAGCUGAAGUUCUUGAUGCAGAGGAUGGACAUGGUAGAGGAGCAUGAGGCCCUGCUGGAUCGCUUAAGAGCAGAAAACUCAGAGGAGUACAACCAGCUCAAAAUCACACUAGAGACUGAUCUACAGCACCUGCAGCAAGACCUGGAGGAAAGAAAGGCUAUCUACCAGAGUAAUCAAGAGAAACUUGAGUAUGAUCUGCAGAAAGUAAAGAAAUUUGAGGAGGAGUGUGCCGUCAUUAAGGCUCAGCAGAUAAGGAAGAUCACUAGACUACAGGAUACACGCAACAACCUGAAGAAAAAAUGUGCUAUUCAGGAAAAGCAGUCCCAGGAGGAGAUCCAGUCAUUGACCAAUAAGUACAGACGUCUCAUACAACAGUGCAAAGAUAUUCAGAAGAGGAUAAGGCAUUUUGCAGAAGUUGAUGCCAAGCGUUAUGAGGAGAUUUGGCUGAUGAAUGAAGAUGAGGCCAAAGCUUUGGUGGGCAGGGCUGUGGAUUUGGAUCGGGUUAUUCAUGAACAGGUGCUGGGCCUGACAUGGAGUCCACCACCACUGCCUUUCACAGAUAAAUCGAACCCCCAGCAGCCCGUGGAUACAGCAUGGCUUGUAACCCGACAAGUUCUGGGAGAGGAGGACAAGACACAAGAUACACAGGGGGAAUCUGGACGUCUGGGCAGCCCCAUGGGCAGAAUGAAUUGUAGAGCUGUGAAGAGGCUGAUGGAGCUUCUGUGUGAUGAGAUGGGCUUUCUUUUAGAGAGAAAAUGUCUUGAGUUAAUUUCUUCCAUGGAGAAGAAUGAACAGGAUUUUUUAAAGCUCGAUUCCAUCUGUUCUGUGUUGGGGAUUGAGAAUGAAGAGGAUGUAAUUGAAAUGACCAAGUUCUUCUUAAAAUAUAAACAGCCACAAACAGAAAAGAGUAUAUCAGUGAAAAACACGGCAGAGAAUAAAUCCAAUCUUAUCCAAUCAAAUGAUCUACUGAGAGCUCUAAGAGCCUUCCAUGCCCAGUACUGCAAAACAAGAGAAAAACACAGACAUAGAGGCAGUGCUUUAGGGCUAGAGAGGAUGACCGACUCCGAGGUCAAAACAUACUGGGAGAACAUAGCUAACGUCAUCCCUGAGUCCAAACUCAAAGUCUGGAGUGUGCUGGAGGCAGGUCUCAAAAAGUACUAUACUGAGCUGACUAAGAGAUCAAAGCUUCUGUCUGAAACAAAGCAGCUCAAACAACAAAACUCAAAGCUACGCAUGAUCCUGAAAAAAUAUAAAAAAAUCAAAGGGAAAUGGUGAACUGAUGAUCCUGCUAAUUCAGAUGCCUGUCCAUGGUUGGAGCAGAU